AUGCGCUUCGGCCGACUACUCUUCGAAUUGCUGUUGGGAUUGGCGUUUCCAAGUGGGAAUGCGGUUUUUGACACGUUCGAACGUGUCGGGGACGGCUUCUGCCUGGAUUCGCUGAACCGGAGUUACGAUGCCUUCACCAUGCUCCCGUUUCAACACUACCACUGCUGUCUGGAUGCUUGCAUGGAGUUUUCCUUCUCCAAUGCCGAGAGCCCCGGAUUUCAUAUCACACCCGAUGGAAACUGCACCAUAUUUAUGAAUGAUGGUUACUGGCCACGCGGCAAUUCUUCUGGCUUCCAUUCGGUUCACACCUCCUCGACAGGGUCCGGAAGAAUAUCCGAGGCAGAGCCAGGGCUAUCGCAUACAGUGGCAGAUGGAUGCUGGAGGAAACGUGGGUACAGACUGGACGUUCCGACGAAUGGAUCCAGCGAAGAUCCUGAGACCGGAGGAUCCCACCCUGGUCUUGCGGAUUUCAUAGAGGAAGACUUUGCCUACUGCCUCAGUGCCGGUGCUAUACCAGGCCCUGCCAUCAUAAACACGGCUUCCACGAUGGAGUCCUGUUGGAGCUACUGCUCCGAAAAGGAGCACUGCGAGGCCUGCUUCCGGAACUGUGAGAUAGGCAACUGCUCGGAGAGGGAAGCCGGCUGUACUUACUAUGCCGUUCAAUUCUGCGACUCCGGGAGAAGAAGCGAUUGUGGCGUUCGCAGCCUCCGGCGCAAAACUGUCUUUGAUGGGCGCUCCGAGCCAUCGGACAUGAUUCCACACCUGGUGGGGCUCCUGGCACUCUUCUGUGCGAUUCAAGGCAACGCAGGUGAAGAGACGGAGUUCAAUUCGAUGCUCUAUGUCGGAGAGGAGCAGUGGGCGCCGUUUGCAGAACUCCUUGAUUCUACCUAUCGGGCAAGAAGCAGCCAAGACAGGCCAUGUCCGGAUGGCGCUUGCCCCAAAAGGCCCGGGGGAUGCCCCUGCGUGCAGCCCGAUGGCGAGCCAGGAUUGCCCGCCAGCUACGUGAUUCGCCGGGUGCUCCGGGCCGAGAACUCCGGGAGCUGGACGCGCUUUGUGGAGAAGAGGGCGCAGCUUCGGUCCAGACGCCAGGGCAUGGGCAAAGUCGAGGAUCCAGUCUGCACUGCAGGAGUGGUGGACCAGCACCCUGAGCUGUUUACUCCUGUGGAUGCAAGCUUGAACGAGGUGUAUUUGUGGCAUGGAACCCACAUCCGGGCAGCCCUUAACAUCGCGCACGAGGGUUUCGACAUUCAGAUGGCGGGAUUGAACGGGACCAUGUACGGCAAAGGCAUGUACUUCGCUGAGAACAGCACGAAAGCAGACGAGUAUGCGAGGGACGAGCCGCAUGGCUUCUACCAAGACGUGUUCGCCCUCCUCCUUUGCCGCGUAUGCCUGGGUAAGUUCCACUUUUCGGAGGAUCGUUUUGACUCCGCAGGUGGCAUGGCGGAAGCUGGGACUAUUGACAGCACAGUCGGCGACAGGACUCGCGCGGCGAACACGUUCCGAGAGUUCACUGCCUACGAUCCAGACCAGGUUUAUCCGGAGUAUGUGAUCUUCUACUCUCGGCGGCCCAAGGCCGUGGCACUGGAGGCAUUUCGGUUCGGCCUGCCUCCGCUUCACCCACAGCUGCCGAACUAUUUCCAGAAUUUCCACCUGAACCCGCAGGUGAAGUCUUUCGAGGUGCAGUAUGGUGUGCGGAGACCGGAACGCGAUGGGCUGGAACAGAUGGCGCAGGCGUGCUACCCAGGUGGUCGCAGGAUCGAGGUCCUUUCAGCUCGCCGGAUCGAGAUAUCCAGCCUCUGGAACCGCUACGUUCUUUACAAGAGGAGGCUGCGAGGGGAGUUAGAAGCCUCCGGCCUCACAGCCUUCGCAUCGGCGGAGUUCUUGGAGGGCCAGGCACGCGGUGCAGAGAUUCUCACAGAUGCCUUUAUGAAGAGGCCGUCGGAAGGUGGCGGGCGACCGACAUGGAGGGGAGAGUCCUUGGAAGGAGAACUGCAGGCCGGAAGGGGCAGGGAUUAA